AUGCGUCGAAGAUCGACAAGCACGAAGAAAGUUUUCGAAAAUCAAAACUCUUAUAGUGAUGAUGAUGUUGAGUCCUCCUUCGGGAUGCGGCAUGUGGUCAUAUUUUUACUGUUCCUGUCGACAGUAACGUCGUAUGCUACCAGGGUCAGCAUGAGUCUUGCGAUUGUCGCCAUGACCAAACCUAACGAGCACGGCUUUCCGGUAUUCGAAUGGGAGCAAAGCAUACGAGACACAAUUCUAUCAUCAUUCUUCUGGGGCUACAUAGUGCUGCAGAUACCAGCUGGUCUACUCGCUGGCAGAUUUGGCGGGAAAAUGCUAAUCUUUGUGUCUAUGAUUAUUACUGGUGUUGUCAAUUUGUUUACACCCUUGAUGGCAACUCAGGGUGACUGGAUAGCGGUGUGCGCAUGUAGAAUUCUGAUGGGUCUUGCACAGGGUCUAUUGUAUCCAAGUAUCCAUGGUGUCAUAGGACAAUGGGCACCCUUAUCUGAGAGGAGUCGUAUGGGAACCAUUGUAUAUUCGGGUUCACAGCUAGGAACAAUCAUAGAGAUGGUGAUAGCUGGGUGGUUGUCAGAGAGCAAGUGGGGCUGGCCAUCUGUUUUCUAUGUAGCUGGUAUCACCUGCGUCGUCUUUUCUGUAUUGUGGUACAUCUUCGGAGCCUCAACUCCUGGAACCAGCCGUUGGAUAUCCAAAGAAGAAAGAAAGUUCAUUGAACUAAGUGCUGGCGCAGCUGAUAUAAAUGAACAAAAGAAAGUAUCAACACCAUGGAAAAAAAUCUGGACUUCUCUACCAUUCUGGGCGAUACUCUUGGCCCAUUGUGGACAAAGUCUUGGUUUCUGGACACUUCUCACUGAAAUGCCGUCGUAUAUGGACAAAGUACUGGGUGUCGCUAUAAAAGACAACGGCAUAUACUCCGCUCUUCCAUACUUGGCAAUGUACAUCUUGAGUUUCGUGUUCAGUUGGGUUGCAGACUUCAUGAUUAACAGGAAUAUUCUAUCUCAUGGAACUAUUAGAAAAAUCUUCAACACCAUUUCAUUCUGGGGCCCCGCAGCAGCUCUUCUAGGUCUCUGCUACAUACCAGCAGGUCAUGUACCUUUGGCAGUCGCGAUGUUGACCGUCACUGUUGGACUUAAUGGCGCUCAUUAUGUUGGAUUCUUGAUCUCCCAUAUCGAUCUAUCACCGAACUUUGCGAGUACACUAAUGGGUAUAACCAAUGGCUGUGGUAAUAUCUUCUCCAUCAUGGCGCCGCUGAGCGUCACCCUUAUUGUUCAGGAUGAGCACUCUGCAUCGGAAUGGCGAAAAGUUUUCUUCCUCUCCGUUGCGUUCUACUUCCUCAGCAAUCUCUUCUUCAUACUCUUCUACACUGGGACUGUGCAGCCAUGGAAUGAACCUAAAAUGAAGAGUUCUAUCGAGGAGGGUGUCAAAGACAAACAAAGCGAUAAGGCUGCAACUGAACUGGAGAAGAUUGAAGAUAAAAAGUUUUAA